CGAUGUACGGAAGUAUUUGAGGUCUGUGCUGUGUGCAUGGUUGAAUCCCUAAUCCAAAAUAUGGAGCAAAAUAAUGACGGGGGCUUGGCCCAGGUGCGGCGUGUUGUGUUGGUCCUUUCAGGGAAAGGAGGUGUGGGCAAGAGCACCAUCACCACAGAGUUAGCGCUGGCUCUCAGGCAUGCUGGCAAGAAGGUUGGCAUCCUGGACGUGGACCUGUGUGGGCCCAGUAUCCCCCGCAUGCUGAGCAUCGGGCGGCCUGACGUACACCAGUGUGAUUCAGGGUGGGUACCUGUCUACGCCGAUGCCCAGAAGAGCCUCGCCCUGAUGUCCAUCGGCUUCCUGCUGGAGGACCCAGAUGAAGCAGUGGUGUGGAGGGGGCCCAAGAAAACCGCUAUGAUUGGCCAGUUUGUGUCGGAUGUAGCGUGGGGGGAACUGGAUGUGUUGCUGGUGGACACGCCGCCAGGGACGUCUGACGAGCAUUUGGCAGUACUGGAAAACCUUAAAAAACACAGAUUGGAUGGAGCCAUUUUGGUCACCACACCUCAGGCAGUAUCCACGGGGGAUGUGAGGAGGGAGAUCACCUUCUGUAAGAAGACCGGUGUACGGAUCCUGGGGAUCGUAGAGAACAUGAGCGGCUUUGUUUGUCCACACUGCUCGGAGUGCAGCAAUAUAUUCUCAAAAGGUGGCGGUGAAGAGUUAGCCAAGCUGACUGGAUCAAUAUUCCUAGGUUCUGUGCCCUUGGAUCCUCUGCUCAGCAGCAGUAUAGAGCAGGGCAAAGACUUCAUGCAGUCAUUUCCCAACAGUGCCACCUUCAGUGCCAUCAGCAGUAUAUCUCAGACUCUGCUUAGCAGCCUCCAAAAUGAUUGAGACAUGAAUUUAUUUACUCCAAAUUCUGGAUUGUGUUCAGAUUUUUGGGCCAUAUGCUCUGUGGAAAGUACAGUAUGAUGCAGAAAUAUUAGUCUUUGUGCAGAUGUAAUGAUUUCUAUGUUGCAUUUUUGUACAGUUAAUUAUAUAAAACUAUUUCCUGAAUAUCUUGAUUUGUAUUUAUACCUGAUUUAAAAAAAUGAAGUAUCCAGCAACAGUGAAAUGCAGGCUUUGUUUGCAGUUAUCUUUCAGUGCUGAGUUUGCAGUUCUUGUGGGUGUUAACCACAGUUUGAAGAUUACCAGCUCCAACCGCUAACACAGUGCAACAGGAAGAGAUUAAUACUGUAAAGCUAAUCUCAUUUUACAGCAAAUUCGGAGACAUUUCGAAAUAAAAAAUGCCAAGUCAAGUCUUAGAAUGUGUCGGUGUACAAUACUGAAAAAAAACUGCAUUUUGUGUUUGGAAGCCAGUCAAAUCUAAGUUGGAAUCUUCUUUAAUUCGACACGUCGACACAUCAGGAUAACUUCAAUACCAGUGGUAAUACAGCUUUGUAGAUUGGCGCUUCAGUCAAUGCGUCAGCAGCAGUUCCAGUUUCAGAAAAACAAACUCCAGAUCAAAUCGACCAAUCAUUGCAUGAAACUAGGCCAAACUUGGAACGCUAAUCUCACUGAAUUCUUGCUGCACGCUACAAACAAUGCCAUCAGUCUUCUUGUAUCGUUUAAACAGGUUUUUUUGGAGGGGAAGGAACUCUACAACAUUAAACUAGCUUUUUGAUCUGGAUUAAGUCUUCUGAAACUAGCCUGCUCUUCAGGUUCAUAUCCAACAGCAACAAGACACUGAAACCCAUGCAGGAUUUUAAUGGCUGGAAUGUGGAAGAGAUGAAGUACAGCCACAGAUGAGAGAGGGGGGGUGAAUAAGAUGGAGAGGAGAUGAGAUUUUGGAAAUUACACUUGUGAGACCCAUCACGGGGCACACACACUUUUAAUGCAAACAGCAGUACUACAGGAAAAACACUGAAGUUUGAGAAUGUUUGCGUAAUGAUUAGAAUACAGCUACACACAAAACUCCCACUUCACCAGCAACAUACUAAAGGCAAUCUUAAUUAUUUAACCAAGAAUUACAUCCAGAGGAAUUCCAACCACUUAUCACAAUAACCCCACAGUGCAUUAAAUCUAUCUAUAUAGAUAUUUAUAUGUCUGUAUAUAUAUGUAUAAUAUAUCCUGGGGAAUUAAAGACUUAUGCUGCAUUAAA